UGAAAUCCAAAAUGUAAAGCCGGAAUUGGGAGAUUUUGUCGAGGAAAGCUUCUGAACAUCAUCCCAUAAUUCAUUGCGGGCUCCGACCUCGAGCGUGAACAAUUUCGGAUGUUUAUCUUAACGUUGUAGAAAAGGCCAAUCAAGUUUGGUUGAAUAGUUUUGGAACGUCUGCCAGGUUUUGAACAGGCUAGCUUAAAGCAGCAGCAGCAGCAGCAGCAGCUCGAUUGUUGCUGCUUCGGCGACCGAGCAUCUCGCCACCCGUCAAGCGGACCACAGCUCACGACAGCCUCGAGAAGCUUCGCUCUGCACUGUCGCAGGAUGAGCGGCGAGGGCGACGGUUACAACCCAGCUGCGGUGGCUCAGCCGGUCGAGGACGUGCAAGGCGAUGGACGCUGGAUGUCACAGCACAGCCGAUUUGUGCAGGAGUGCAAAGACGGAGAGCCGGAUGUGCUUUUUGUAGGAGACUCGAUGGUACAACUGAUGCAGCAGUACGAGGUGUGGAGGGAGCUGUUCUCGCCCCUCCACGCCCUCAACUUUGGCAUUGGCGGCGACACCACCUGCAACGUCUUGUGGCGGCUGCAGAACGGAGAGCUGGAGAACAUCCGCCCCAAGAUUGUGGUGGUGUGGGUCGGAACCAACAAUCACGAACACACCGCGGAGCAAGUCGCCGGAGGAAUUCUUUCCAUCGCUAAGCUGCUCAGCUGCCGUCUCCCCAAAGCCAAAGUCGUCGUGCUGGGUUUGUUACCCCGGGGGGAGCGUCCCAACCCGCUGAGGGAGAAGAACGCCGCCGUCAACGACUUUCUGCGCUCGUGGCUGCCCCGCCUGGGUCAGGCCCAGUUCCUGGACGCCAGCGCGGAGUUGGUCCACUCCGACGGCACCAUCGCUCCGCAGGACAUGUUCGACUUCCUGCACCUGACGUCGACGGGUUACCGCGCCGUGGCCAAGCCCCUCAGCGACCUGCUGCUUCAGAUACUCGAGGAGACGCCGGAGGAGCGACGGGCGUCGCUGGUUUGAGCGGGAGGGAGGGAGCGAGGGAGGGAGGGAGGACGGCGGCGUCCUGAGACGGACGGACGGACGGACGGACGGGCGGGCGGUUUGUCGGCGUAGCGUCGAAGGACUCCCCGCUUGAGACCCCCGCGCGACCCCACCGUCGGAUCAAAUGAAGUAUUUGGCUUGGUUUCUUCUUCUAUCUCAUCACGGUCAAACGUUGCCAGCAACUCCGCUAACUUGUAUUGCUCGAUGUGCGGGGGAGCUCAAAUCGUGACUUUUUAAUUUGAAAGAUUCAUUUUGCCAACGGGCACAGCAAAAUAGCACAAUUUGACUUAUUUAGUAAGUAAGCGACGCGCGUACCUUCUUUCAUGCUCGCGUCCAGUGUUGACGUUUCGGAGGACGAAAUUGUCGGCUCAACUUUGACGUCAUCAUCAAGCAUGCAAGCAACACAAUUGAAGAUGCUUGAACCACUUGUCACUCGUCCUGACCUGGACCAAUAAUGACAUUUUCCCUCCCGUUCAACUCUCUGAUGGAUGUCCGGUCCGGUCCGGUCUCGUAUUUGUUUUGUCCUGGCGCACUUUUUCCAUUUUGUGACUUUUUUUUUUGUGUGUGUGUGUGCGCGUGUAAUUUUAUCCGCCUGUUGUUUGUUUUUUGUCGUUGAAUCCUCUCACAACUGUGCCCCCCUUUUGGCACCCCGAUACUUUUUAGGAAUACUGUCAUGAGUUGCGGAAGCUACUGAAUAUUAUCACGCAAAAUGAUUCCACGCUUUGGCUAAAGCUUCCUACCGACUCGAUAAGUCGGUAACCGAGCUCCAAAUGACCCCGAGUUGACUGCCGUUGGAAGCUCUGCACAACCGGCGCCGCUUAUGAUUUUGCGCGCUCGUCGGAGCGGCGCCGGUGAAGGGGACGACCUCGCGCGUACAGAAGACAUGCGCAAAGGAUGUCUGAAGGCGAGUCAGCGUCUUACGUGGUUUUGUGCGUUUGUUUGGCUUGUCGUCUUGUUAUUGAGUUCAAGUGAAGCAUUCCAAUAAUAAUUAAAAAAAAACAAAAAACAAGGCUGGAAUUCAUUUGUGUCUUAGCGGCCAUGUUUGGAGUCCUUUUGCUUGAAGCGGGAUCAGCAGAAAAUAUUGAAACUUUACGACAGUCUGUAUAUUUGAAUGCAUGUGCACUUAUACUGUGUUUCAGUAUUUUUUUUUUUUUUUUAAUUUUUGCACAGUUUGUUCUCUCAUAAGAAAAUGGGAUUCAGUUCAUAUCACGAUUGGUGGUUGCUGUCAUGAUUCAUUGACCAUAUUUAUUCCACAAAUUCCAAAUCGAUUCAGUGACUCAAAAAUGAUUCUGUAAGGUUUUUAUUCCUAAAAUUCAACCGCGUGACUGUGAAAUAAAAAUCUGGACACAGGACAGUGCAGGUACCUUCCUGAUGGGAUUCA